AUGGUCUCAUUUUUGUUCAGAUGGUAUCUUCGUGUAAUGAAAAAACGUCCAGUGCUCACCCAAUGUGUCACUGCAGGUGUUCUCGGUGUAUGCGGCGAUGGAAUCAGUCAGAAAGUCGUCGAAAGACGCUCAUGGGUAGAAUACGAUGUAGCUCGAGGUCUCAGAUUCCUUGCGAUCACAGGAUUUUAUUGUGUGCGUAUUUCUUUCGAGUUAUCUCUUCGCAAAGCGCCCGUAUUGGUCUGGUGGUUUCGGGUGCUAGAGCGCGUUCCGGGUCAUCCAAAAACAGUACCACUGAAGAGACUGUUCCUUGAUCAGACCACAAUGGCUCCAGUCUUCAAUGCUUCGAUUCUAUUCAAUCUUCGUUUAAUGGAAGGCGAAAGUGCCAGUGAAUCGUAUUCUUCUCUGAAACGAGACUUCCUUGGUAUUUGGAUACCCAGUUUAAUGUAUUGGCCGUUCAUACAAAUGGCGAAUUUCUACAUGGUGCCGCUUAAUUACCGUGUUAUUGUUGUGCAAGUUGCAGCUUUAUUCUGGAAUACAUUCCUUUCGUAUCGAAUGCAAUCUUCAUCCAAAUUAUCGAUGACGCCAGCUCUCGAGAAAGUUGUCCAAUGA